GAGCACUUUUGACAGGCCCCAGGGCGUGUCUGCAGUUUAAAACGUUUCAUAGAAAGUUCACUGAAACUUGUCUGUAGAAAGCCACCUACUGAAGACACCUGUCUGGAAAAGGACUACCUGACAUUUACAAAGAACCAUUAUUUGCUCUGCCUGCCUGCCUGCCUGCCUGCCUCUCCCACCAGUUACAAUGGCAUCCGUGUCUGUAGCCAAUACAAACUUCUCUCUGGAACUGUUCAAGAUGAUCACAGAGACCAACAAAACGGGCAAUGUUUUCUACUCCCCUCUCAGCAUCUCCUCUGCCCUGGCCAUGGUGUUCCUGGGUGCCAGGGGCAACACUGCCACUCAGAUGUCAGAGUCCCUGCACCUCCACAAAGCUACGGAUGACGUCCAUGUCGGCUUCAGCAAACUCAUGAGUGAACUGAACAAGGAGGGAGCCCCGUACGCACUGAGCCUGGCCAAUCGCCUGUACGGAGAGCAGUCUUACCAGUUUGUUGAGACUUUCCUCGGCGACACCAAGAAACACUACAAUGCUGAGCUGGAGUCUGUGGACUUCAAGUCCAAUGCGGAGACUACCAGAAAGAACAUCAACGCCUGGGUGGAGAAGCAGACCGCUGAGAAAAUCAAGGACCUGUUGGCGGAGGGGGUUGUCGACCACCUGACCAGACUGGUGUUGGUGAACGCCAUCUACUUCAAAGGCAACUGGGAGAAGAAGUUCAAGGAGACCAGCACCAGCGAUGCCCAGUUCAAACUGAACAAGAAUGAGAGUAAGCCAGUGAAAAUGAUGCACCAGAAGUCCAAGUUCCCCCUGACCUUCAUCCCUGAGGCCAGCUGCCAGAUCCUGGAGCUGCCCUAUGUAGGGAAGGAACUGAGCAUGCUCAUCAUGCUACCCAACGACAUGGAGGACAACACCACUGGGCUGGAGAAGCUGGAGAAGCUGCUGACCUACGAGAACUUUGUGGAGUGGACCAGGCCCGACAUGAUGGACACGGUGGAGGUUCAGGUGGGCCUGCCCAAGUUCAAGCUGGAGGAGAGCCUGGACCUGAAGGGCUUGCUGGUCAGCAUGGGCAUGACGGACGCCUUCGACCACUCCAAGGGCGACUUCUCGGGCAUGUCGCCCAGCGACGACCUGGUGCUGUCCAAGGUGGUGCACAAGGCCUUCGUGGAGGUCAACGAGGAGGGCACAGAGGCGGCGGGAGCCACAGCCGCCAUCAUGGUGAAUCGCUGUGCUUUGAGGAUGCCCGUAUUCGUCGCCGACCACCCCUUCCUCUUCUUCAUCCGCCAUAACCCCACCCAGAGCAUUCUGUUCUACGGUCGCUACUGCUCCCCUUAGGAGCUAUAUAGGAAAUGGGGCAUUCCACUUGGAGGGAGGAGGAGGAGGAGGAGGAGGAGGGGGGGGUAUUAAAGAAAUACAAUGAAGCAGAUACAUCAAUAUCCCAUCUGUGUGCUUGGUGAUGAUAUGCUUUGAUGUCAAUGCCUUACCAAAGAAUUGAUGAGUUGAGUAUAUUUGUGGUGAAAUUAUUUUACAUUUACGUCAUUUAGCAGACGCUCUUAUACAGAGCGACUUACAAAUUGGUGCAUUCAAAAUUAUGUUUGAGGAAUUUUCUUACUGAUCUGAUGGUAUGAAGUAUCUAGUACAUUUUGCCUUAUCAUGAUCAAUGUUUCUCUUCUCUGACCACCUAAUUCAACACACUGAAGUGCAAUUAUCCUCAAACAUAUUUGAACCUUUUGUGCUGAAUACGAACCCUCUCCUAGUCUUCUGAUUUAAUACUGCUGUUUUUUUCUCUCUCAAUUAUGCAACUAUAUGUCUACAGGAAUAGUGAAUAAUAUAUAUCAACUAAAGUGUGUCAUUGUUAAAGCUACACUUCAAAAUCUAAUUUACUGUGCUGUGUAUGCACAGAUGGUCAGUGCUAUCUGGGAUCCUUGGGACGUCCCUACCCUAACCACUACCCUUACCAUUACCGAAACCCUUACCAACCAUUUAGAAUUUCAACUUCAAUGGGUUAGGGAUGUCCCAAGGACCCCGGAUAGCACUGACCAUGCACAAAUUGUAAGAAUCUUUGGUCUGUGUAUUUUGCUGAACGCUGCAAUCCAGCGUAUUAAAGUGAAACUUCACCAUA